AUUUCUUUAUUCCAACUACAACGCCCACUAGGAGGUAGCGCUGGCGUGGCUUCUGCAAUUACCCCUCCCUCUACUCUCCGCCAUCAGCUCUCCCCUUACUACGGUUUUCUUCACGCUCCGUGCUCGUUACUGGUUUUAUGCUUUGAUUUGCUGCAUUUUUCAUGAAUAUAGAUUGUUUUUAGUCUCAUAUUCGAGUUAGGAGGUAGUUUAUUUUCCGUUUGGUUGCCGAGAAAUGGUUGCAGAUUGGUGAACGCAUGCUUUAAAUAUUCCAAUUGCAUGAAUUCUUUUCUGUUUGGUUGCCGUGAAAAUGAUGGAGCUUGUAAAUUCUUUAUUCACUUAGUUGAUGCCAACUACUUGGUCCAUUUGCUGCAUCUUGAGAUAAUUUACUUGUGCCAAAUUAAUAAUUUCUUAUGGUGUUUGAGGCAAUAGGUCAUAGUUUAACAUUGCUCUUGCUGCUGCUUGCUUUCUUACCAUGUCGGUGCCUAUGUAUAGGUAUGGAAACUGCUGUGGCUCCCGCUAUAGAAACUGUUCGAGACUAUGAUGCCAAGCUAUUCAACCGGUGGGACUUCGACGUUGAGGUGCGUUGUAUAAUUGGUCACGGCUUGAUAGGAUAAUGUUGUGUGGUUAUUAUGUUGAUGAUUGAUUUAUAAUCCCAAUGGUUCGUUCUGCUAUUUUUAUAUAGUUAUUUUUAAAUUUGUUGCAAAAAUACAUUUUGUAAAUGGUUUCCUGUGCUACACUUGGCAGUCUACGUCUCUCUUGAUUUGUAUAUACAAUAAUUAUAAUCUCAUGAA